UUUUUUCCAAAAUCUGAAGGGUGCCCAUUUCACAGAACCAUGAUUGAAACUCAAAACUAGAACGAUCAUAGAAUUUUUUCUUUCUUUUUUUUUUUUUUGGGUUUCUCUUCUCACGAAGAAGCAGAGGGGGAAUUUAUGUGUUUCCUCUCCGUCUGAUUCCCUCCAUUGCCCUGGUUUCCGAGUUUCUGUUACAGAAACACGGGAUUUCGUUGUCCCAUUUUCCCACCUCUGCUUUUGAAGAAUCUGCAUUGGUGUUGAUACAGAGGCAAGGAAAUCGAUCGGUGUUUUUUUGAAGUGGGUUUCGUGAAUUGAGGCGAAAAUGGGAGAGGAAAGUGAGGAAGGGAGGGAAGAAAAGACAUAGAGAGAGAGGGGGAGAAAAAUUCGUGGAGAUUGUGAGAGAGGGGAAGAGGGAUUGAGGAGUUUCAGAGUGAUAAUGUACAAAGAAUACGCUGGAUUCGUGAAGGCUUGGGAAGCAACCGUGAGAAAAACUCAAAGCUCAGCGAAGAAGAGGGCGAAUAGCAUUUUUGCAGCAAUGUCCGUUGCUCCAGCCGACGACGAGCCGGGCCCCGGCGAGCUCCACCACGCGGAGAAGGCGAUACCCAAUGGCGAUUUCUACACCGGACAAUGGAUGGACAAUAUGCCCCAUGGGCAUGGCAAGUACCUGUGGACCGACGGCUGUAUGUACGUGGGGGAAUGGUACAAGGGGAAGACGUUAGGGAAGGGCAAAUUCAGCUGGCCCUCCGGCGCCACCUACGAGGGCGAUUUCAAGAGCGGGUAUAUGGACGGGAAGGGCACUUACACCGGUUCCGCAGGGGACACCUACAGAGGGUGUUGGGUGAUGAAUUUGAAGCAUGGCCAAGGCACCCAAAACUACGCCAAUGGAGAUUAUUAUGAGGGGGAAUGGCGAAGAGGUUUUCAGGAUGGGCAGGGGAGGUAUCAAUGGAAGAAUGAGAAUCACUAUAUAGGGCAGUGGAAGAAUGGGAAGAUCAAUGGCAAUGGGACUAUGAUUUGGAGCAAUGGGAAUCGGUAUGAUGGGUGUUGGGAAGAUGGAUUGCCUAAAGGGAAUGGGACAUUCAGGUGGGCAGAUGGGAGUUGUUUUGUUGGUGUUUGGAGUAAGGAUCCUGUAGAGCAGAGUGGGACUUUUUAUCCAUCUGGGUCUUCUGAGUGUGAAGUGGUCUUGGAUCCUCAGGUGGUCUAUUCAGAGUAUUUUAAUGAGUGCAUACUUAGUACAGCGGAAAGGAUUUUGAUCUACCCUUCACAGAAGAUGAUAAGUUGGUCCGGACUCGACCUCGAUUCGCCACAGAAGCAAACAAAUUCCAAGAAAGGGUAUGAUGGGAAUAGGAGAUUGAGAAGAACAUCAGUUGAUGGCAAAGUCUGCAAUUCUAGUUUUGAAUCAUCCCAUGAUAGUUCAAGCGACCUGAGUUACAGAAAUGGGACAGAAGGGGGUGGGACUCCUCCGCCCCAAGGUAUGGAGAGCAGAGGGAAAAGACAAUCAAAUUUGAGAUUUCAGCCAGCAAAGAGACAGGGUGUUACAAUAUCAAAGGGACACAAGAACUAUGAGCUCAUGCUAAAUCUGCAGCUAGGGAUCAGGCAUUCUGUUGGGAGGCCUGCUCCAGCAACAUCCCUUGAUCUUAAGAAUUCGGCUUUCGAUCCUAAGGAGAAAGUGUGGACAAARUUUCCACCGGAAGGAUCCAAGUAUACACCACCUCAUCAAUCUCACGACUUCAGAUGGAAGGAUUACUGUCCCGUUGUCUUCAGGACUCUUAGGAAACUGUUCAAGGUGGAUCCAGCUGAUUACAUGCUAUCUAUAUGCGGAAAUGAUGCCCUUCGGGAACUAUCCUCCCCUGGAAAAAGUGGGAGUUUCUUUUAUUUAACACAUGAUGACAGAUACAUGAUUAAAACCAUGAAGAAGGCUGAAGUGAAAGUUCUCUUGCGGAUGCUUCCAGCCUACUAUAAGCACGUUCGAGCCUUCGAAAAUACUCUUGUCACCAAAUUUUACGGUCUUCAUUGUGUGAGAUUAACUGGGACUACCCAAAAAAAGGUGCGGUUUGUCAUAAUGGGAAAUCUGUUUUGCUCCGAGUAUAAUAUCCAGCGGCGUUUCGACUUGAAAGGUUCUUCUCACGGCCGUACUACUGACAAACCAGAGUCAGAAAUCGAUGCAACAACUACCCUCAAAGAUCUUGAUCUUAAUUACAUAUUUCGGUUGCGGAAGAUUUGGUUCCAAGAAUUUUGUAGGCAAGUAGACAGGGAUUGUGACUUUCUUGAACAGGAGAGAAUCAUGGACUACAGUCUAUUAGUUGGUCUUCACUUCCAGGAAACUUCGUUUCGGGAAGUGGGCACGCCSGAUAGCAAUCAUUCAGGAAGUAUAGAUCCCGAAAACGAAGCAGAUGGUCAAUCAGGAGCAGACAAGGAAGAACUUGCUGGUGACUCUACCAGGUGGGCUUCCAUUAGAUUAGGCAUCAACAUGCCAGCACGGGCAGAACGGACAGUGAGACGGGGAGAACCCGAAGCUCAGCUAGUAGGAGAGCCCACUGGGGAGUUGUAUGAUGUGAUCAUUUUCUUUGGUAUAAUCGACAUACUACAAGACUAUGACAUCAGCAAAAAACUCGAGCAUGCUUACAAAUCGUUUCAAUACGACCCAUCAUCGAUAUCUGCUGUCGAUCCAAAGCAAUACUCGAAACGCUUUCGAGAUUUCGUCUUCAGAAUUUUUCUAGAAGACACUUGAAGAAGUUGUUAUACUGACCCACCAACUCAAUUCAUCAAAACUUGCAGCCAGUGGCCAUCCUUGUACAGUCGGUCCGUUGUGAGAAAUGAUAUCGGUUAUCGGUUUUUGAUAGAGUCGUAGCGUUUGGCCACGAAAAAAAGAAAAGAAAAGGCAACCAAACCAUUUGGUGUAUAAAUUAAGGUAACAAUGCAGAGCUCUGGCAAUUAUGCAUUGUAAUUUUUUUUUUUUUGGUUUCAUUCCAAGUUUAGAGAGUUAUUAGAUAAUUGUGAUGAUUUAGAAAAGUUAUAGAUGAGAGUUGUCACCCUCACCUCUCCCACUCCCAAGUGUUACUAAUUUGUAAAUGUAUUAACCAAAAGCUGAAGACCUAUGUGUUACUAAGUUGUAACUUGUUAUCUAUUCUUUUUUUUUUUUCA